UUCCACCCAACAUAUUAAAUUUUAUUUGGCGAUGCAUGCAUGGGGUCGUGCCUACGAUGGUUACCCUACAUUCACGGAGCGUAACACUGGAUGUUAAUUACCCGCUGUGUCAUCAUGUUCCAGAGACACUCCAACAUCUUUUGUGGAUGGUUAUGGAUGGGAAUAUCACUACCCUGCUGCAAGUUUUGGCAAGGUGUUGGUGUAUCUGGAGGAGGCGCAACGAGGUGGAGUGGAAUGCUAAACCAUGGAACUCAUUGUCUGUGAAAAUGGAAGCUGUUCAUUUAUCUUCUGAGUGGCAGGUACUGACGAUUCCAAAUAAUGCAGUUCAAACCAAUCAUUCUCCUGAAACUUUGCAACCAAGUGUUCCACAAGGUGUCCUGCGAAUAUUUGUGGGUACAACAAUUUUUAACGACUCUGACCAUGGCUAUUUUGGUGUGGUUAUUCUAGAUUGCAAUGGAGGUUUUAUUGGUGCAAAAAAUGGAAGCCUACGGUGUUUGAAAGAUGCUCAUAUUGCUGAGGCUAUGGCUGUGAAGGAAGCCCUAUCUUGGGCUAAGGAUAGACGUUUUACAAGAAUUAUGGUGUGUUCAGAUUGUCAAAUGGUUUGCAGGGCUAUUAAUCAACCGCAAGUGGAUUUAUCUUAUGCAGCAUCAACAUAG